GAGGGCAUCCAGUGGGAGGCCAGAGAGGAAGGCUCCGAAGGCGAGGAAGACAACGGUGAGGUGGGCGAGAUGGAGGAAGACGACCACCACAUGGAGUUCUGCAGGGUCUGUAAAGACGGAGGCGAGCUGCUCUGCUGCGACUCGUGCCCGUCGUCCUAUCACAUCCACUGCCUCAACCCGCCCCUCCCCGAAAUCCCCAACGGAGAGUGGAUCUGCCCCCGCUGCCUGUGCCCCCCCAUGAAGGGAAAGGUCCAGAAGAUCUUGACCUGGCAGUGGGGCGAACCUCCUCCUCCUACACCUGUCCCUCGCCCUCCAGACCUCGCGGCCGACGCCCCCGACCCCGCCCCGCUGGCAGGGCGGCCGGAGAGGGAGUUCUUCGCCAAAUGGUCCAACAUGUCAUACUGGCACUGCUCCUGGGUCACUGAGCUGCAGCUGGAACUCCACUGUCAGGUGAUGUUCAGGAACUACCAGAGGAAGAACGACAUGGACGAGCCGCCGCCCAUCGACUUCGGCGAUGGCGACGAGGACAAGAGCGUGAAGAGGAAGAACAAAGACCCCAUGUACGCGGAGCUGGAGGAGAAAUACCUCCGCUUCGGGAUCAAGAUGGAGUGGCUCAUGAUCCACCGCAUCAUCAAUCACAGCGUGGACAGAAAGAACAACGUCCACUACCUGAUAAAGUGGAGAGAGCUGGCGUACGAUCAGGCCACCUGGGAAGCUGAAGACAUGGACGUCCCCGAGUUCGACAUCUAUAAGAUCCAGUACUGGAACCACAGAGAGCUGAUGAUGGGAGAGGAGGGGAGACCCGGGAAGAAGAUCAAGGUCAAAGGUCGAGUGAAGCGGCCCGACAGACCUCCAGAGAAUCCUGUGGUCGACCCGACUAUCAAGUUCGAGCGUCAGCCGGAGUACCUGGACAGCACGGGGGGCACGCUGCACCCCUACCAGCUGGAGGGUCUGAACUGGCUCCGCUUCUCCUGGGCUCAAGGUACCGACACCAUCCUGGCCGACGAGAUGGGUCUGGGGAAGACCGUGCAGACCGCCGUCUUCCUCUACUCGCUCUAUAAAGAGGGUCACUCCAAGGGUCCAUUCCUGGUCAGCGCUCCUCUCUCCACCAUCAUUAACUGGGAGCGAGAGUUUGAGAUGUGGGCGCCCGACAUGUACGUGGUGACGUACGUCGGAGACAAAGACAGCCGAGCCGUCAUCCGAGAGAACGAGUUCUCCUUCGAAGACAACGCCAUCCGAGGAGGGAAGAAGGCGUCCAGGAUGAAGAAAGACUCGUCGAUUAAGUUCCACGUGCUGCUGACUUCCUACGAGCUGAUCACCAUCGACAUGGCCAUCCUCGGCUCCAUAGACUGGGCCUGUCUGGUGGUGGACGAGGCCCACAGGCUGAAAAACAACCAGUCCAAGUUUUUCCGGGUGCUGAAUAAUUACCCCCUGCAGCACAAACUGCUGCUGACUGGAACGCCUCUGCAGAACAACCUGGAGGAGCUUUUCCACCUGCUCAACUUCCUCACGCCGGAGAGAUUCAGUAACCUCGAAGGUUUCCUGGAGGAGUUCGCCGACAUCGCCAAGGAGGACCAGAUCAAGAAGCUGCACGACAUGCUCGGUCCUCACAUGCUCAGGAGGCUGAAGGCCGACGUCUUCAAACACAUGCCCUCAAAGACAGAGCUCAUCGUCAGAGUGGAGCUCAGCCCCAUGCAGAAGAAGUACUACAAAUUCAUCCUGACGAAAAACUUCGAGGCUCUGAACACCAAAGGAGGAGGAAACCAGGUUUCUCUGCUCAACGUCGUCAUGGACCUCAAGAAAUGCUGCAACCACCCCUACCUCUUCCCCGCGGCUGCUAUGGAAGCUCCAAAGAUGCCCAACGGGAUGUACGACGGUCAGUCUCUCACAAAGUCUGCCGGGAAACUGAUGUUGCUGCAGAAGAUGAUGAGGAAGCUGAAGGACGGAGGACACAGGGUACUCAUCUUCUCUCAGAUGACCAAGAUGUUGGACCUGCUGGAGGACUUCCUGGAGAACGAAGGCUACAAGUACGAGAGGAUUGACGGAGGAAUCACAGGAGGGAUGAGACAGGAAGCUAUCGACCGAUUCAACGCUCCGGGUGCUCAGCAGUUUGCCUUCCUGCUGUCGACGAGGGCCGGAGGUUUAGGUAUCAACCUCGCCACCGCCGACACCGUCAUCAUCUACGACUCUGACUGGAAUCCUCACAACGACAUCCAGGCCUUCAGCAGAGCUCAUCGUAUCGGUCAGAACAGGAAGGUGAUGAUCUACCGCUUCGUCACCAAAGCUUCGGUGGAGGAGAGGAUCACUCAGGUCGCCAAGAAGAAGAUGAUGCUGACUCACUUGGUGGUCCGACCCGGUCUCGGCUCAAAGACCGGCUCCAUGUCCAAACAGGAACUGGACGACAUCCUCAAGUUCGGAACGGAGCAGCUGUUCAAGGACGAGUUGAUGGGAGACAUGAAAGGCGCUCAGAACAAAGAGGAAGACAGCAGCAUCAUUCACUAUGACGACAAAGCCAUCGACCGUCUGCUGGACAGGAACCAGGACGCCACCGACGACACGGAGCUGCAGAGCAUGAACGAGUAUCUGAGCUCCUUCAAGGUGGCUCAGUAUGUGGUCAAAGACGAGGAGGAGGAGGAGGAGGAAGUGCAGCGUGAGAUCAUCAAGCAGGAGGAGAGCGUGGAUCCAGACUACUGGGAGAAACUCCUGCGUCACCACUACGAGCAGCAGCAGGAAGAUCUGGCCCGAAACCUCGGCAAAGGCAAACGUAUCCGGAAACAGGUCAACUACAACGACGGCUCACAGGAGGACAGAGCUGAUUGGCAGGACGACCAGUCUGACGGCCAAUCGGAUUACUCUGUGGCGUCUGAGGAGGGAGACGAAGACUUUGACGAGCGAACAGAAGCGAACUCCCGCAGGCCGAACAGGAAGGGCCUGAGGAACGACAAAGACAAGCCGCUGCCCCCCCUGCUGGCCAGGGUGGGAGGCAACAUCGAGGUGUUGGGUUUCAACUCUCGGCAGAGGAAGGCCUUCCUGAACGCAGUGAUGCGUUAUGGGAUGCCUCCUCAGGAUGCCUUCACCACCCAGUGGCUGGUCCGAGACCUGCGAGGGAAAUCUGAGAAGGAGUUCAAAGCGUACGUCUCUCUGUUCAUGCGUCAUCUCUGUGAACCCGGAGCCGACGGAGCCGAGACCUUUGCCGACGGCGUUCCAAGGGAAGGGUUGUCACGGCAACACGUACUCACCCGCAUUGGCGUCAUGUCGCUUAUACGCAAGAAGGUUCAGGAGUUUGAGCAUGUGAACGGUCAGUGGUCGAUGCCGUGGAUGGCCGAGCUGGAGGAGAACAAACGAGCCACCGGCGCUCAGCCAGAGUCUCCAGGAAAAACCCCGUCGACUGGAACUCCUGCUGACACACAGCCGAACACCCCCGCACCAGGUAACCCCCCCACUACAGUCGACGACUCCACGAAGACCGAGGACGCGGAGAAGGAGGUGAAGAAAGAAGGAGACGCAGAAAAGAACGGCAAAGACUCCACGAAGACCAGCAGCAGCAGCAGCGAGGUGAUCGCGAUCCCAGACGACGACGAGAAGAGUCCGCCGGCCGAACCGGAGAAGCAACAACAAGAGGAGAAGAAGAACGGAGAGGAGCCGAUGGAGACGGACAAACCGAGCAACGGAGAGGCAGCGGAGAGCACGAAGGAGAAGGAGGGAGGAGAGAAGGAGGAGGGAGAGAGCGAGAAGAAGAGCGCCGAGGGAGGAGAGGAGACAAAGUCACCGACAGAGACAAAGACGGAGGGGUCAGAGGUCAAACCUGAAGACGCUGAAGUCAAAGCAGAAGAAAAGACAGAAAAGAUGGACACCACACCUCCUGCAGACGAAAAGAAAGAUCUGAAGGAGGAGAAGGAGGCGGUGAAGCCGGAGGAGGCAACCAAACUGCAGAACGGAGACAGCAGCAAAGAAGGAACCAAGGAGGGAAGCAAAGAAGGAAGUAAAGAGGGAAGUAAAGAAGGAAACGCCUCGGCCACCGCCACUGCCACCGCCGCCACGGCAACAGCAGGAGGAGCCAGCGAGGAGAAGAAGAAGGCCAAGACCCGCUUCAUGUUUAACAUCGCUGACGGAGGAUUCACAGAGCUUCACUCUUUGUGGCAGAACGAGGAGCGCGCCGCCACGGUUACCAAGAAAACCAAUGAGAUCUGGCACCGUCGCCAUGACUACUGGCUGCUGGCCGGCAUCAUACAACACGGUUACGCUCGCUGGCAGGACAUUCAGAACGACGUGAAGUUCGCCAUCCUCAACGAGCCUUUCAAAGGAGAGAUGAACCGAGGGAACUUCCUGGAAAUCAAGAACAAGUUCCUCGCCAGAAGGUUCAAGCUGUUGGAGCAGGCGCUGGUCAUCGAGGAGCAGCUGCGUCGCGCCGCCUACCUCAACAUGUCGGAGGACCCCUCCCACCCCUCCAUGGCCCUCAACACCCGCUUCAGCGAGGUGGAGUGUCUGGCCGAGUCCCACCAGCACCUCAGCAAGGAGUCCAUGUCCGGGAACAAGCCGGCCAACGCCGUCCUGCACAAAGUGCUGAAGCAGCUGGAGGAGCUGCUGAGUGACAUGAAGGCAGAUGUCACCCGCCUCCCGGCAACCAUUGCCCGGAUACCGCCGGUUGCCGUGCGACUCCAGAUGUCCGAGAGGAACAUCCUGAGCCGGCUGGCGAGCCGAGGACCCGAGACACAGACGCAGGCACAGACACAACAGAUGUCGCAGCAGUAGACUGAAACUCGGCUCUUUUACCUCGUAAACCAACCCCCCUGCCUCACCUCGACAUUCCUGAUUGGUGCACAGCAGACCGACGGACAGCGCACCCAAGCUUGAAGCCACGCCCAGUUCACUUUUUUUCUCCCCCCCCCCCACCUCCAAACCCACCCCACCCCCCA